GUUGUACUUCCGGUUGAAACAGAAAAAAAUAAAAUCUUACAAAAUGUCACUUCUUAGCAUAACUGUUACAGCCCUGCGCAAUAUAGUUGCUCGGGGACGUUGCUCUACAUGUGUUGCAUCUCAGAGAUUGCUUUCAACUGAUAAUCAUGCCACUGGCGAUGACUCUGGUCCACUGUAUGAUGUUGUCAUUUCUGGUGGCGGAAUGGUCGGCUGUGCAAUGGCAUGUGCCUUGGGCCAUGAAGCACUAUUUGAAGGUAAAAAGAUCCUCUUGCUAGAGGCUGCACCUGAUAAAGGAGAAUUGAAACUUCUGCCAACAUAUGCGAACAGAGUAUGUGCGCUAAGUCCUGCUUCUACUGCCCUACUGGACAGUUUUGGAGCAUGGGAACAUAUUGUUGGAAUGCGAGCCCAGCCAGUAAAGAGGAUGCAGGUUUGGGAAUCCUGCUCGGAUUCAAUGAUCACAUUUAACAAAGACAACAUGCAGGGCACUUUAGCUCAUAUUGUCGAAAAUGAUGUCACACAGGACGCAAUAACACGACAGCUCAACAAAGUUAAAGAUAGGGUCGAGAUCCGUUAUGAGACUAAAGUGAAGAAAUACAAGAUGCCUAAGCCUAUGUCCAAUAUGACAAAACUUGAUAGUCCAUGGGUGAAAUUACGUCUUGAGAAUGGGGAUGCUCUUCAAACGCGGCUUUUGAUUGGCGCAGAUGGGUUCCGGUCUCUGGUAAGGGAAAGUUGCAAUAUACAUAACAUGUCCUGGGACUACAACCAGCGAGCCAUUGUCUGCACGUUACAGCUUCCCACACAGACUGAGAACAAUGUAGCAUGGCAGAGAUUCACCCCUACUGGACCAAUAGCAAUAUUACCCCUUGAUGAUGAACAUAGUUCACUUGUAUGGUCAACAACACCUGAAGAUGCCAAACAUCUUUUAGCCUUGCCGAAUGACAGCUUUGUUGAUGCCCUUAAUGAUGCUUUAUGGGAAAACUCACAGAAAGACUCGACUGCAGUGUAUGCAGGUCAAUUAUUGGACCAGCUUAUAAGGAGUAUCAGUCCAGCUGGAACCAGCACAGCAGGGAGGCAACUUCCCCCACAUAUAACUGGAGUGGAUGACAAUAGAGGUGCAUUUCCAUUGGGUCUUUGCCAUGCUACUAAUUAUGUGAAGUCUGGGGUAGCUUUAAUUGGUGAUGCUGCACACAGAAUCCAUCCUCUAGCUGGUCAAGGAGUCAACCUAGGCUUUGGAGAUGUAGCAUGUCUUAAAAAUAUACUCACCCAGGCAGUCAAAGACGGUGCCGGUUUAGGUUCAAUCCUUCACCUGAGUGAUUAUGAAAGGCAGAGACAGAGGCAGAUUAUACCAGUGAUGGCUACUGUUGAUGGACUGAACAGACUAUAUAGGAACAAAAUGUCACCUUUGGUUCUCCUGAGGAGCCUUGGUUUACAAACCACUAACGCUUUGAAUCCAUUGAAGGAUUUGAUCAUGUCAAAAGCCAUAGCCUGAGAUUCAGGCAUGUCAAUAUUGGACUUAAACUAGACCUAAAUGCAACUGUUCCACAAUACUGCAAUAAGCCAACAUACUAUGAGACUGUAUGGGGCUUUAUCUCUUCAUAGCAGCUUGUUAAUGCUAACUUGCUGGGACAAGGGAAAUACUAAUAACCAUGACCAUACUAGAUAUACUAAAGACAUUGCUUUGUAUCUUUUAUUGAUCACCCAUGUCACAUGGAUUACCCAAUUAAAGUGAGGUGUAUGAUUCUUUUGAUAAUUGCGCCAUCUAUCUUUAUAACAUUAUCAAGAGAUUGAGACAGGAUCAGACCAGGGUGUGAUACAAGAACUGUCAUGGGGCCCAAAACUGAUAAGUUUUGAUAAUGGCCAGAUGAUUUUCCCUAUUUGGGUGUGAAAUCCUAAUGACACAUUACACAACCU